AACCUCUUCCAACAUCAUAGAUUUCUUGUAUUCGUUUUACCCAACAUAGUACUUAGCAACAAAAAAAUAGUAUUUUCUUGAUAUAGCCAAUUUAAAAUUAAAGAUGAGCACAUCUUUCAAGGUUGAUGACGUGCAAGAGCUUGUAAAAUUGAAGCGUGAGGAUGUACCAGAGAGAUAUAUUCGACUUCAACAAGAGAGGAUUGGAUGUACAGCACUAAGUGCUCCCCCUGGCCUUCAUCUCCCUCUCAUUGACAUGGCCAACAUACUCUCAGCACACCAUUCCACUAGACAGCAUGAGAUGGACAGGCUUGCCCGGGCUUGUAAAGAGUGGGGUUUUUUUCAGGUGUUGAAUCAUGGAAUUGACCUGGGACUACUCUAUCGAAUAAAGAUGGUUGUGAGGGAUUUCUUCAAGUUGCCAUUAAAAGAAAAAGAGAAGUACGCAAUGAUUCCAAGCACAAUUCAGGGAUAUGGUCAUGGUUUCAUCUUCUCAGAUGACCAGAACUUAGACUGGUCUAACAUGAUGGCCUUGGCAACCAUGCCCAAAUCCAUUCGCAAGGAAAACCUUUGGCCCGCAAAGCCGCUUCUUUUCAGUGAUACAGUGGAAGCCUAUUCGAUGGAGGUAUCUAGACUCUGCCGGAAAUUAUUGAGUGCCAUAGCUGAAAACCUGGGGUUAAACUCCAAUAUAUUUGAAGAAAUAUUUGGAGAAAAUGUGCAGGCAGUGAGGAUGAACUUAUAUCCUCCCUGUCCAAGGCCUGAUCUGGUUCUAGGUUUAAGUGCACACUCCGAUGGAAGUGCUCUUACUGUGCUGCUGCAAGAUGAUGAUUCUGUAGGUUUACAGAUUCUUAACCAGAACCAGUGGGUUUCUGUAGAGCCAAUCCCAGAUGCUCUAGUUAUCAAUAUAGGGGACACUCUAGAGGUUUUAACAAAUGGAGAAUACAAGAGUGUUGAGCACAGAGCAGUAACAAACAGAAACAAAGAAAGAUUAUCAAUUGUUACAUUUCAUGCUCCAAGCUACGAUGUGGAGUUGGGUCCAUUGCCUCAAUUCAUAGAUGAAGAUCAUCCAAGGCGCUACAAGAACUACAAACAUGCAGACUACAAUCACUACUAUCUCACUAACAAGUUGCAAGGGAAGAAAACUCUACUGGAUUUUGCAAGAAUUUGAUUUAAACAAAUGCCGAAUCUAUUUGACAAAGGUCAAUCGAUGUAAGUGGCGGCUAUAUAAGUAUCUAGAAAGCAACGUCAUUAACUGAGCUGCUCCAGCUUUUUAUAACUUGUGUAAUCUACUGCUGUGUUCUACAAUUCAGAUUAUAUUUACUAA